AUGUGCCUAGUCGCAGUUGCCUGCGCCGAUAAAUUGGGCUACAACUACCAACCGGUCGGACACUCCAACUCAGGAUUGUCGUUCGCUCCUGGCAGUGGAGCUGGAGGUAGUCUGAGCGGUGGCUCUCUGGGCGGAUAUGGCGGUGGCUCUCUUGGCGGUGGCUCCCUUGGCGGUGGCUCCCUUGGCGGUGGCUCUCUGGGCGGAUUCGGCGGUGGCUCUCUUGGCGGUGGCUCCCUCGGCGGUGGCUCCCUUGGCGGUGGCUCCCUUGGUGGUGGCUCUCUGGGCGGAUUCGGCGGUGGCUCUCUUGGUGGUGGCUCCCUCGGCGGUGGCUCUCUUGGCGGUGGCUCUCAUGGCGGACUUGGCGGUGGCUCUCUGGGCGGACUUGGCGGUGGCUCUCACGGCGGAUCUUUGGAUGCUCCGGCCUCCUACAACGCCCCUGCCCCAGCUGCUGAAUUGGAGAAGGAAUUCUUUACUUACACUGCCAACGAACAGGACUUUGAUGAGCCCGCAGCUUUGGAGAAGGUGUCCGGCUCCCUGAAUAAGGCUCUGCGUGUUAUUUUCAUCAAGGGACCCGAGAACCGUGGACUGGAGAACGCUGCUCUGGCUUUGGCCAAGCAGGCUGCCCAACAGGAGACUGCCAUCUAUGUCCUGAACAAACAGUCCGAUAUCGGUGAUCUGGCCAACAAACUGAAUGCCGUCCGCAGCAACAACAACAACAAGCCCGAGGUGCACUUCGUCAAGUACCGCACUCCUGAGGAUGCUGCCAACGCUCAGCGUGCCAUUCAGGGACAGUACGAUCAGCUGGGUGGUACUUCCAAGUCUCAUGAUGGUGGUGUUGCCCCCUCGUUGAACUUCGCCUCCCAGGGUCCAGUGCGUCAAGUUAAUGCCCAAUCUCCCGACAACUCCUACCUCCCCACCUCGAUCUUCCGUCGUCUGUAAAGA